AUGUUUUUAAGAGGCAGAUUAUUCCCUUCCCUCCAGGGCACAGAGGGUGGCAAGCGCAGUGGGGUCUGGAUUAUUGCCCACAGUGCACCUUUCCCACGGGAGACUGCUACCCAAGACACCAAAGGGCAUCGUGAACCUGCCCGAGAAUCAGAUCUGCCAACAGUGAGCUGCCUUCUAGGCCCGGAACUGAGCUGCUACAAGCAAAGCCACACUGGAGCUGUUACAAUGUAAAAGAAAAUGUUGCUAGAGUACUGGACACCCCAGGGCUCUAGUGAAUUGCAGGUGGCCAUCAAAGUCAUUGAUAAGAAGAGAGCCAAGAAGGACACCUAUGUCACCAAGAAUCUGCGACGAGAGGGGCAGAUCCAGCAGAUGAUCCGCCACCCCAACAUCACGCAGCUGCUGGACAUCUUAGAGACGGAGAACAGUUACUACCUGGUCAUGGAGCUGUGCCCCGGGGGGAACCUUAUGCACAAGAUCUAUGAGAAGAAGCGGCUGGAUGAGUCCGAGGCCCGAAGAUACAUCCGGCAGCUCAUCUCUGCCGUGGAGCACCUGCACCGGGCUGGAGUGGUCCACAGAGACUUGAAGAUAGAAAAUUUGCUACUAGAUGAAGACAAUAAUAUCAAGCUGAUUGACUUUGGUUUAAGCAACUGUGCAGGCAUACUGGGUUACUCAGACCCAUUCAGCACACAGUGUGGCAGCCCCGCCUACGCCGCUCCGGAACUGCUCGCCAGGAAGAAAUAUGGCCCCAAAAUUGAUGUCUGGUCCAUAGGUGUGAACAUGUACGCCAUGCUGACCGGGACCUUGCCUUUCACGGUGGAGCCUUUCAGCCUGAGAGCGUUGUACCAGAAGAUGGUGGACAAAGAAAUGAACCCCCUUCCCACCCAGCUCUCCACAGGGGCCAUCAGCUUCCUGCGCUCUCUCCUGGAGCCAGACCCCGUGAAGAGGCCAAAUAUCCAGCAAGCCCUGGCGAACCGCUGGCUGAAUGAGAACCACACCGGCAAAGCGCCCUGCAACGUCACCUUUCCCAACAGGAUCUCUCUGGAAGACCUGAGCCCCAGCGUGGUACUGCACAUGACCGAGAAGCUGGGCUACAAGAACAGCGACGUCAUCAAUACGGUGCUUUCCAACCGCGCCUGCCACAUCCUCGCCAUCUACUUCCUCUUAAACAAGAAACUCGAGCGCUACCUGUCAGGGAAAUCUGACAUCCAGGACAGCGUCUGCUACAAGACCCAGUUUUACCAGAUAGAGAAGUGCAGAGCCGCCAAGGAGCCUUAUGAGGCCUCCCUGGACACCUGGACAAGAGACUUUGAGUUCCAUGCUGUGCAGGAUGAGAAGCCCAAAGAGCAAGAAAAAAGAGGGGAUUUUCUUCAUCGACCGUUUUCUAAGAAGUUGGAUAAGAACCUGCCCUCCCACAAACAGCCCUCAGCCUCCCUCAUGACACACAUUCAGAACACCAAGGCCCUGUUGAGAGAUCGGAAGGCCUCCAAGUCAGGCUUCCCUGACAAAGAUUCCUUCAGCUGCCGCAGCAUUUUCCGCAAGACCUCCGAUUCCAGUUGUGUGGCCUCGUCUUCCAUGGAGUUCAUCCCGGUCCCCCCUCCUCGGACCCCCAGGAUUGUAAAGAAACUAGAGCCUCAUCAGCAGGGGUCGGGAAGCUCCAGCAUCCUCCCCAAGGAAGACCCCUUGAUGCUGGACAUGGUGCGCUCCUUUGAGUCCGUGGACCGUGAUGACCACAUAGAACUGCUCUCCCCUUCCCAUCACUACAGGAUCCUGAACUCCCCCGUGAGCUUGGCUCGCAGGAAUUCCAGCGAGAGGACACUCUCCCCGGGGCUGCUGUCUGGAAGCACAUCACCUCUCCAGACACCUCUGCAUCCCACACUGGUCUCCUUUGCUCACGAAGAUAAGAACAGUCCCCCCAAAGAGGAAGGCUUGUGUUCCCCACCUCCUGUUCCUAGCAACGGUCUCAUACAGCCUUUGGGAAGCCCCAACUGUGUGAAGAGCAGAGGAAGGUUCCCCAUGAUGGGUAUCGGACAGAUGCUGAGAAAGCGGCACCAGAGCCUGCAGCCCUCCGCAGAGAGGGCCCUGGAGGCCAGCCUGCCCCCGCUGCCACCCGCAGCUCCCACUGGUCUCUCCUUUGACAUGGCCGAUGGCAUCAAGGGCCAGUGUUAACCUGGGCCGGUGGAACCUGGUUCUCUGGAAGGAAAGCAGUGAAACAGAGCUCCGCACGUGCAGCAGGGCGUGAGCAGCCAUUGUCGUGGGAACCUCCCGUAUUGUCUCAUCUACUCCUGUCAUUCAGUGUCCAAGUCCACGGAAGUCUACUGACCCCAAGCCCGCACAGCUCCUCCUCCUCACUCAGAGACCCCUGAGAUGCUGGGGAUCACUGUGAGGCUGGCUUAUGGGGGAAAGCCCUCACCUGGCCCCUCCUCAUAGAUCCCUGCUGGACUCAAGGCUAAAAGUCACAUAGCUAGCUGCUGGGCCACUCGGGCUUAGAGAUCAUUACCUGACCUUUCUUCUCUCUGUGCUACGUGCGUGCUUCUCACAGACUGCUCGGUUCAGCUUUGGUCACAAUCUCACAAGGUCCAACGGCCCUGCUAAAGCGUUCACCCAGGCUAGGGAUUCCUCAGCAGAGGGAAACAGCCCUCCUUCUCCUAACAGUGAGUGCCUGUAGCCAAGCAGGAGUACUGGGCCCCAGGGACACUAGAGGAAGACGGGAUGGGGCCUCAGACAAAGAAGGAACCACACAGUGAGGGCCCAGAUGAAAUAUCAAAGACUGAGUGAGGUUUCGACAGAAUUUUAAAAAAAAUUUUUUUGGUUGAAAUUUGCUGAUAGUUGAAUGAACUUGCUCAAAGAGAUUUUUCUUUAUUUUAUUUUUUUUUCUGCAAUGCAGGGUCUCACUAAGUAACUGGAGUCAAACUCAUAAUCCUCCUGCCUCAGCCUUCAAAGUGCUUGGACUACAAGUACCACCAUUCCUGGAUCGAAACAAUAAUUUUUUUUAAAAGAACGCGGAUAGUCAGAUAGAUAAAAAACAGAUGAAAGGCAGUUCUACCCAAUUCAUAUUUUUCUGAGAGGAUACAUGCAGAUCAGAUGGCCUAAAAUGCUGACCUGGAUGGUAUUUUUAGUGGCAGUAGACCGCAGCAGCCUGCAACAGGAGCAGGAGCCCAGCCACUCUGUGUUUAUACAAUCCUAUCAGCAGAGCCUGGAAACUUCUGGGAGGCACCGGACAUGGUUCCAGUUGGUUCUGUAGGAGGAGAGAAAGGAUGGUUGGAGUAGAAUUCUGGUGACAAGAAGUUGGCACUGCCUCUUGCGCAGCCUGAGGCAGGUGCUCGGGUGGUUUGCUAUGAGCUGCAGACAGGCUUGCCUGCUGGGACUGUGAUCCAGAACUUCCUAGGUUCUUCCACAAGGAAAGCAGUGUGCCCCAAAGCCAGGCUCUCAGCCCACAUCAUGUUUCCACACAUUUGCCCCGAGAUUGAACCAAAGAUGCAUUUCCAGUUUUGUGACUGUGCCGUCCCUGUGUGUGUGUUUUUUUAUUUUUCGUGGAGCCCAGUGUUUUCUGACCCAUGUCCAGCUAAAGCUUAAUGGAGACCAUCUCUUCGUGGAUCUUGGAUCCUGGCACUUGAUAGAGGACCUGCAGAAUUGUAAGAAAGGGAAGGAUUGGCACAGGUUGGGUAGCAGUUUGCUUAGGAGAUGGCUGAUAGAAUCUCCCAACUUUGCAUUAAUGCAGAUGUGACCACAGUUGUGGUCAUGGUACAGUACUCAUCUUGGUCCAUUCCCUUAAAUUCACAAAGCCAGCCUGCACUUCCCAGAAGCCAGUGAGGGAUGAGCUGCAUCGACACCAUUUGUAUUUACCAGUGGAGACAUCCUUUGGACCCUCACAUCCCUGACUGAAGAAGAAGAAGAGGACACAUCUUUAUCUGACCCGGGACACCACUGAGGUGCCCUAGUCCAGGUUGACGUUGGCAAGACCUGGAAUCACCCCAGCCCUAGGGUAGAUUUAGAGGAAGGCAGUCUCCCAGCUUCUGCUGUUACUUCCUUGCGUGGCUUCUGACCAGCCCCAGAACUUAACAUAAAAAACGGAACUUUUGAGGCAGAGAGGAGAAUCAUCUAGCAGACCUUCUCUCCAUUUGAUGUGACAUUUGGUUUGUGAUGGUUGAAGACUCCCUGUUUGAAAGAUGACUUCCAACUGCAGCUGUCCCAUUCUGCAAGUUGGCAGGAUGCGUGCCUACGUGUUGUGAUCGUUUUAUAGCCCCUUCUGUCUCUCUUGCAUUUCACUUUCCUCGCAAAUGUGCGCGUUUCUGUGCCGCGGUUAGUUCACGGAGAACGUGUCUCCCUUUCUCUGCAUGCUUCAAGGGCAGCAGCAGAUGUUAUACCACUAAGCUGACCAUAUUGCCAUCAGUAACUUGACUCUGAACUCAGAGGUACGGUGGACCCAGUGAGAGGUGAAGCGGGGAAGGGAAGGGAGACAACCUGUGUUUUUGGUGUGUAUGUGCAAGCACCUGACCAAUUUAUGAACCUGAGUGCGAAAAGAAACAUUAAAUUCUUUAUUAUUUUAUUAUAUUUAUAUGGAAAACUUGACUAUCCUUUUAGUAAGUACAAAGUGUAUUGUCUGUUUGACCCAUGACUGUCCUUCAUCAGUCCAUGCCUGUAAUUUCAAGUCAGCCUGUAGCUACUGGCAGAGAUGGCCAAACUGUCAUUGUAUGAAGUCCAGGAGGAAGAGUCCCUUUAGUUGUAUGAUCUGGCCAUAGUAAGGAUUAUAUUUAUGUCACGAUUAUUAAAUAUUAUGUACUUUUAUAAUGACUGUGAAAUACACUUUUUCCUCACUA